AUGAAGGACAGCAGUUGUGUUUUUGACAUGCAGGUCAAUCAGAAUGUGGAGAUCCAGAGGGCCCGUCUGCGAGAUGAUAUUAAGGAAUAUAAAUUCCGAGAAGCGCGUUUGCUGCAAGACUACACUGAGCUUGAAGAGGAAAACAUCUGUCUCCAGAAACAAGUUUCUGUCCUGAAGCAAAAUCAGGUGGAGUUUGAAGGCCUGAAACAUGAAAUCAAAAGGCUCGAAGAGGAAACGGAAUUUCUGAACAGCCAACUAGAAGAUGCCAUACGGCUGAAGGAGAUCUCGGAACGCCAGCUUGAGGAGGCCUUAGAGACGCUGAAGACGGAGCGGGAGCAGAAGAACAAUCUUCGCAAGGAGCUCUCUCACUACAUGAACAUCAACGACUCCAUGUACAACAGCCACCUGAACAUCUCUUUGGAUGGACUGAAGUUCAGCGAUGAAGCUACAGAACCCAAUAAUGAUGAAAUCAUGAAUGGAUUUGAACAAAACUGCCUCAGCAAACUCAGCAAUGGCAAGAAUAGUACAUCAACGCCCAAGAAAAAUGAAAGCUUCCCUCCAGCCCCAAGUCUGGUUUCAGAUCUUCUGAGUGAAUUAAACAUUUCUGAAAUCCAGAAGCUGAAACAACAGCUUGUACAGAUGGAAAGAGAAAAGGUGAACUUGUUAACAACACUACAGGAAUCCCAGAAGCAGCUGGAAAAUACCCGGGGGGCCCUGUCAGAGCAACAUGAGAAAGUUGGCAGACUCACAGAAAACCUGAACGCAAUGAAGAAGCUCCAGGUCAGCAAGGAACGUCAGUCUGCCCUUGACAAUGAGAAGGACCGAGACAGCCACGAAGAUGGAGACUAUUAUGAAGUUGAUAUCAAUGGCCCGGAGAUCCUGGAGUGCAAGUACAAAGUGGCUGUGGCAGAGAUUACUGACCUAAAAGAAGAGCUCAAAAAUCUUAAGGCCAAAUACAAAGAAUGUGAGUCUAAGUAUGAGGAAGAGAAGAGCAGAUAUGAGACCGAGAGCCAAACUCUCACUGAAAAGCUCACCUCGCUAGAAAAAUCCAGUAGGCAUGAUAAAGAACAGGUGGCCAGACUGGAGAAGGAGCUGAAGAAAGUCAGUGAUGUUGCUGGAGAAACACAGGGCAGCCUCAGUGUGGCCCAAGAUGAACUAGUCACCUUCAGUGAAGAACUGGCCAAUUUAUACCAUCAUGUCUGCAUGUGCAACAAUGAAACUCCAAACAGAGUGAUGCUGGAUUACUACAAGGAAGGUAAAGGUGGACGCAGUAGUCCAGAGAUUAAGGGAAGAAGGUCUCCCAUUCUUCUUUCUAAAGGGCUGUUAACUAUAGAGCUAGGAAAGGCAGAGAAUGGAAGCGGUGACAGCAGCCCAUCUCCAGUGUCAUCUCUGCCAUCUCCUGUGUCAGAUCCUCAGAAGGAACCGAUGAACAUUUACAACUUGAUCGCUAUAAUCCGGGAUCAGAUCAAACACCUGCAAGCUGCUGUGGACAGAACAACUGAGUUGUCCAGGCAGUGUGUUGCCACUCAAGAACUUGGGCCAGUGGUGGACAAAGACAAGGAAGCUCUCAUGGAAGAAAUCCUGAAGUUGAAGUCCCUGCUGAGCACCAAGAGAGAACAGAUAGCAACUCUGAGAACUGUGCUGAAGGCCAACAAACAGACUGCAGAGGUAGCCCUUGCCAACUUAAAAAGCAAGUAUGAAAAUGAGAAAGCUAUGGUUACGGAGACAAUGAUGAAGCUGCGAAAUGAGCUGAAGGCUUUGAAAGAAGAUGCUGCUACCUUCUCUUCCCUGAGAGCAAUGUUUGCUACAAGGUAAAGAACAUAU